CGCCCCUCUUUCCCCUUGUGUGUCUCUUUCAGUGAACUGUGUUGGCGUGUGGUUGAGGGCGAGCGUGUAGUGUGCGCGUGCCUUUUGCUUCCGGUCUGCGUCCCCGGCUAACAGCUCACUUUCCCGUCACCACACAGAGACACCGGUACACCACCGCCAUGUUGGGAGCUGCUCUUCUCCGGCGCUGCGCGUCCUCUGGUAUCCGCAGUCUAGUUCGCUGCCGCCCGCAGCCUGCUCCUGUUUGCUCCCCAGCUGCAGUAGCGGUUCGAUGCUAUUCCCAUGCAAAACACGAGUCAGAUGAAGAGUUUGAUGCUCGCUGGGUGACUUACUUCAAUAAACCAGACAUUGAUGCCUGGGAACUGAGAAAAGGCAUGAACACCCUGAUCGGUUAUGAUCUGGUUCCAGAACCAAAAAUUAUUGAUGCUGCCUUGAGGGCGUGCAGACGGUUAAAUGACUUUGCAAGCGCUGUCCGUAUUUUAGAAGCUGUAAAGGAUAAGGCUGGACCACAUAAGGAAAUUUAUCCCUAUGUUAUUCAAGAGCUUAGACCAACUUUAGAUGAACUUGGUAUCUCCACUCCUGAAGAACUGGGCUUAGAUAAAGCAUGAGCUUUUUAGGUGAUCCAUCCAAAUGUUUUAUGAACGAAGCUGCUUGAUUGUACACAGCCAUCCAGAAAUGCAAAGACAUUAAUGUAUUACUUUAUUUGAAAAAGCAACGUGUUCUUUUAUUAAGUCCCAUUGUGUGUAAUAUUAUGUCGGACCUAAUAAAGGGAUUUUGUUUAAA